AUGGGUGCUGCUGCGGCGGAGGUGGAGGCAUCUACGGCAGCUGCCUCAAGUGCCGUCGACAUCGGCGUGGGCGAGAGGGGCCAGUCUCCGAAUAAAAAGCCUCGGACAGCAGCCAAGACUUUUGAGACCAUUCUGGAAAGAGCCGGCUUUGCAAACUUCGAGCCACCCGAGGGCGACAAAGACAAGAUGGCCGUCAAGCGAUUGCAGCACAUGGCGCCAGACAUUGUGAGGCUCGUGUUGACGAUCCGGGAAAGCGAAGGAUUCUUGUCAUCCGUCCAGCUGUCUGGCCAGCGCAAGCCCGGACACAACAAGCACAAUGAUUUGCAGCGUGAGCUCGCAAAGGCGCAGCAGGCUUACGGCUUGGUGGGCGUGAGGGAGUCUCGAGCCACUGCUUGGAUGCGAUUCAGCCAGUUGGUGGCCUCCAAGGCUGCAGAGCUGGAUGCCGAGGACAGCUCCAUUGCAGAGCAGAUCACCACCUUCAGGCCGAGUGUGGCCAGGGAUGACUCUGGCCAGCGGCGGUACCAGGUGCUUGGGCUGCGUCUCCACCCAGUGGGCGAGACUCAGCUAGGCCUCGUCGAGCAAGUGUUCCGAGGAAGCAUCGGCCGCAAGAAGCGAGCAGCUGCAAAGCCUGCAGAGUCGGUGCUGCCAGCUCGGCAGUGUGUGCGACUUCACAUCUUGCUGCUGUCCAAGCUGCUGUCCAGCAUCAGUUAUCAAGCAACAGCGCUGUCAGAUGCAUGGAUCGUCGAUCCGUUUGACGAGGAGGCUCCCUUGCUUUACCAAGUGCCAGCUGAAAUCGUGGAGGAUGAGUGGCGAGUCCUAGUCCGCCUCAGGCCGAGUGCGGUCGCUGCGGCCUUGAAGAUCCAGGGCCUCGCCAUCCAGACGGGCAGCGAUGAUCAGAAUCCGGUCUCUGACAAAGUCUGGUUCACGAUCGGCAGCUUUCCGCCGACGAAGCUUGGCAAGGACAACGUCGAGCAGUACAUGGAGUGCUGCCGUCGGAUGUAG